CAACAUCGCCCAGAAUCCUCUUCAUCUGCCGCUUCUGCCGCUUCUGCCUGCUUCUCCACCGCCCUCUAGUAGCCACGUUUCCCCCUCCUGCCCUGGGUCUUCGCGGGAGGGGGCAGGCCCGCGAGGAGAUUCGGGCUUCCUAUUGGUCAUCAGCUAGAGCGCCGGCCUCCCAUUGGCCCGCAUCGCUGCGGACAGGCGCGGUACGGGGGCCGCGCGGUCCUUUUCGGCGUCCACCGGGGCCGGCUCGGCUCUCCUGGUACGGGAUGCAGCCGGGGCCCGGCGGCGGCGCAGCCGCGGGGAACGCCCGGCACCCCAUGAAGAGAAGGGUCCCCCUGUCGGAGCCCAGCCUGGGAGACCCGCACCAGCUCUUCCAUGACACGAGCUCUGCCCAUGGGCCCGGGAGCUAUGUGGCCCACCGGGUGCCCGGGGGCCUGGGCUACUCUUCCCCCUUGCAGCCAGGCUUCCUCGAUGACCCCAUGUCCAACAUGGCGGUCGCCUAUGGCAGCAGCCUGGCCGCUCAUGGCAAGGAGCUGGUGGACAAGAACAUCGACCGCUUCAUUCCCGUCACCAAGCUCAAGUAUUACUUCGCUGUGGACACCGUGUACGUGGGGAAGAAGCUGGGGCUCCUGGUGUUCCCCUAUCUGCACCAGGAUUGGGAGGUCCAGUACCAGCAGGACAUGCCGGUGGCCCCGAGGUUCGACAUCAACGCCCCCGAUCUCUACAUUCCAGCCAUGGCUUUCAUCACGUACAUCCUGGUUGCUGGCCUAGCCCUGGGGACCCAGGACAGGUUCUCCCCCGACCUGCUGGGGCUGCAAGCUAGCUCGGCCCUGGCCUGGCUCACCGUGGAGGUGCUGGCCAUCCUGCUCAGCCUCUACCUGGUCACCGUCAACACGGACCUCACCACCAUCGACCUGCUGGCCUUCUCGGGGUAUAAGUACGUGGGGAUGAUUGGCGGAGUGGUGACGGGCCUGCUCUUCGGGAAGACGGGCUACUACGUGGUGCUCAGCUGGUGUUGUGUGGCCAUCUUCGUCUUCAUGAUCCGGACCCUCCGGCUGAAAAUCCUGUCAGAAGUGGCUGCCGAAGGCGUCCUGGUGCGGGGGGCGCGGAACCAGCUGCGCAUGUACCUCACCAUGGCCAUCGCGGCGGCCCAGCCCCUCUUCAUGUACUGGCUCACCUUCCACCUGGUCAGAUGAGGGGCCCCGGCUGCCCCUGUCCCCUGAGGCUCAGGGCCCAGAGCAGGGAUGGGAGAAGAGAGGAGCCCAGCCGGGAGGAGGGAGCCGCCCUCUGCACUGAGCCACUGGAACGGGCCUCCCUGCCACCAACCUACAUUCAUCUCCUCCCUGCCUGCCGCGCCCCAUCUCCUCCCCAUCCCCGUCCCCUGAGGUGCUUAGACAUCUGUAACUGCACAGCAUGCUCCAAGCUGGGGCUGCCCAUGGGCGUCUGUUACUGGGAGAAAUAAACCCCCUGGGGUGCUGCUGGCUGA